AGGUGGCGGGGCAGCUUCUUCCUUUCCCUAAUCCUUUUCUCCGCAUUCUCCUCCCCUGCUCGUUCUCAAUCUCUCUCUAGACCCGUAGGAGGCCCUGUUCCCGGGAGCGCGCACGCCGGCACCCGGAAGUCACGUCAUUUACUCGGAGUCCUCUCCUUUCCCGCGCGUGAAGCGGCUCAAGAAGAGCACUGCUCCCGGGGCCCAGGGCUUGACCGGGCUCAUGUGGACGCUGCUUUCCGCCGCGGGCUCAGCCCGAGGGGACUCUUAUCGACUUUUGGUUGAUGUUGAUUAUGUUGUUGGAAGAAAAAAUUGUGGAAUUCUACUUGAAGACGACCAGUCAAUCAGUAGAAAUCAUGCUUUGCUGACUGUCAGACAUUCUGUGACCAACCUGAGUCAGGCUUCUGAAAUCCCUAUGUUGACAAUAAAAGAUAAUUCUAAAUAUGGUACAUUUAUUAAUGAAGAAAAAAUGCAGAAUGGGAUUCCACUACCUUUAAAGACAGGAGAUAGAGUUACCUUUGGAGUCUUUGAAAGCAAAUUUAAAGUGGAAUAUGAACCAUUGGUUGCAUGUCCUUCUUGUUUAGAUGUGUCUGGAAAAACUGUUUUAAAUCAAGCUGUUUUACAACUUGGAGGACUUAUUGUAAACAACUGGACAGAAGAAUGUACUCACCUUGUCAUGGUGUCAGUUAAAGUUACUAUUAAAACGAUAUGCGCUCUGAUUUGUGGUCGUCCUAUUGUAAAACCAGAUUAUUUUACUGAGUUUCUCAAAGCCAUUCGGACAAAGAAACGGCCUCCAAAACUUGAAAGUUUUUAUCCUCCCAUUGAUGAACCUGCUAUAAAUAAUGAAAACCUGGAUCUAUCAAGUCGUAAGGAAAGAAAACAAAUAUUCAGUGGGAAAACCUUUAUAUUUUUAAAUGCCAAACAGCAUAAGAAAUUGAGUCCAGCAAUUCUUCUUGGAGGUGGAGAAGCUAAAUUGGCAACAGAAGAAGAUAAAGAAGCUGCUACUUCUUUUUUAACUCCUGGAACAUGUGUUGUUGAUGCAGGAUUAACAAAUUCACAGGCUCUAGUGCCUGAUUCUGUGAGAAUCUGGAUUCGUUCAAUAAUGGAUAUGCUUCAAAGCCACCAUCUUAGAGCCAUCCCUGAAGCAGAAAUUGGAUUAGCAGUUAUUUUCAUGUCCACAGAGACUUACUGCAAUUCUGGUACAGGAUUGGCUCUAUCUCCAAGGCCGCCAAGUCUUUCUCAAAACAAAAUGGUAAAUGAAACCUUAAUGCCUGGUGCCACAAUGAAUAUCACUGCAGGUAUUCCUGACACAGAAUCAGAACAGGAAAAUACUUGCUUGGAUUUAAGUGAAAGUCCAAAAGAGAAUGAAACUCCUCAAGUGGAACAAAGAUCCAAAGUAUUUUCACAAGAAAUGUUCACUGUAAAAGAGAUUCCCAACACAAAUUGUAGUGUUAAUUUGGGAACAAAGCCACUUAAUCAGACUUCAAUAAAAACCCCAAACAGUCAACUGUCUCCAAGUAAAAUUUCAAGAAAAAGGAAAGAACAGGCUUCUCAAGAACAACAGACUAACUCCAUUAAAAAUUAUUUCCAAUCAGUUUCAAAGAAAAGGGAAAGGAAUGAAGAAGAACAAGAAGAAUCUGUAUCCAAAUCUUCAAGGGUAGAGCUGUCUUGCUCUCUUUUAGACCAAACCCAACCCACUACUUCCUCAGCAUGGAGAAACCAGGAACAACACCAAACCCAGAAAGGACUCAAUAUGUUGAACAAAAAAACAGAUGAAACAUAUAGAAACACUAAUCUAAAACUUAAUGAAAAUAGUCCUGUUGAUGAACUUUUUAAAUCCAACUCAAGAAAGAGGAAAGAACUGGAUGAUGUAGCUAUGGAAAAUGAGCAUUUACAUCAGGGGACAGAACAAGAACAAGAGGUUGAAAUCGGAGUUCAAAGACCAGUGAAUGGAAUCAGUUUAGGAAAAAAACUGAGACUUGAUAUAAGAAAAAAUGAUUCUGAAGAUAAUGAACCAACUCAAGAGAGUUGCAAAAUAGUUCAAGAAAAUGAACCAGGAAAGAAAUGUGAAGUUGAGCACAAAACAUUUUCUUCUGAAAAAGAACAGAAUGAUAAACUUCAAGAUAGUUGUGAGAGGCUUCCCAAGAACCUUUUAUUGACUGAAUUUAGAUCACUGGUGGUUAGUCAUUCUGGAUCCAGAAAUGCAUCCAUUAUAAGAAAUGAUUAUGGACAACUAAACAACUUUAAGAAAUUUAAAAAGGUAGCUUAUCCUGGAGCAGGAAAACUUCCAUCCAUCAUUGGAGGAUCAGACCUAAUAGCUCAUCAUGCUAGAAAGAAUGCAGAAUUAGAAGAGUGGCUAAGACAAGAAAUAGAGGUACAGAACAAACAUGCAAAAGAAGAAUCUCUUGCUGAUGAUCUAUUUAGAUACAAUCCUAAUGUAAGAAAGAGAAGAUAACUGAAGUGUUAAAUAAAGAAGCAAUCACAUGGCAAGCAUUAAUCUGAAUGUAUACAUAGUUAUAAUAUACAGAAGAGAUUUCAAUAGCAGAUGUUUUAUAACUUAAAUUCAUCAUUAAAUGAAAUACCUCCCCAAAAUGCAUCUCUUUCAUGUGAAAUAAUUUGUUUCAGUUUCAAAUUUUCCAGGAACUUCCCUCCCCCUCCCAAAGGUGACAGUUGUCAGUUCAGCAAUUAUACUGGUCUCUUCGAUCAGUUAUGUGGGCCAGCCUUAGCAGGUGAGCUUUCCACACAGAUUAUACAGCCUUCCAGGUGUGUGUAAGCUUUGCUGCCUGGCCUGUCUUUAUCAAGUUUCCUAGAUAUCAAAACAUCUCAUAAGGAAGAUAAAAUUCAAGCUUGUAUAGAUUAUGUGUCCUGCUUAUAUUGAAGUAUAAGAGGCUCACCCAAAUUAAGGAUAGAAAUAAAUUUUAGACCAGAAAGGGAUAUCUAAAAGAUUAUGUCAUUCAGCUUCUUAAUUUUAAAAAUUUAGAAAUCAACAUAGCAUAUGACAACUGGACCUUGUAUUCAGAGGUCCUAACUUCAAGUCCAGUGUUCUUUACUAUCUGCUCUUUUAACUAAUUCAUUUCAAUUCACAGUUGAUGAUUUGGCUAGCCAUACACUCCCCAUUUAAGAUGUUACUUGAGUAGCCCUUAUUACAUCACUUCCACCCAGUUGGCUUUCCCAGACACCUAAGACCUAUUUGUCAUGGAUUUUUGUUUUUAUUGUCUCUGAUAAGUUACAACUUACUCAUAAAAUCGCCCAAAGUUUUAUUUAGUAUAAGAAAUAGAAAAGUAUCCAAAUGUAUUUUUUAAUGGUAUUUUGUGACUGGGAGUCUGCUUAUAAAUUGACCUAUUAAAAUUUAAAUAUAAGUAUACAG